CAGGCCUCUUCCCCCUGCCCUGGCCUGGGAACCCGCGGAGUGCUGCCGGGCCAGAGCCUUGCCUGGGCCUCUACCCCCGUCCCUGGACCAGGGGCUGGACGCGGAGAGCGGGGCAUUAUCCCCCAGGGCCCCCACCCUCGGCCAGGCGGGCACCACGGCAGGGGCUGAGCCACCCUCAUGGAAGGGAGAGGACCAUACCGGAUCUACGACCCUGGGGGCGGCGUGCCUCUGGGAGAGGCAUCCGCAGCUUUUGAGCGCCUAGUGGAGGAGAAUUCCCGACUGAAGGAAAAAAUGCAAGGGAUAAAGAUGUUAGGGGAGCUUUUGGAAGAGUCCCAGAUGGAAGCGUCCAGGCUGCGGCAGAAGGCAGAGGAGCUGGUCAAGGACAGCGAGCUUCUCCCACCGCCGUCUCCCUCUUUGGCCUCCUUCGACCACCUGGCCGAGCUCACAGGAAAGGAUGCAGAUGUCCCAGCACCUCCCGCUGACCCUGCACACCCCUGCGACAAGCCAGAGCCAAUCCCCAAACCUCCAUCCAGUGGCACCUCCUCUGAAUUUGAAGUGGUCCCCACCGAGGGGCAUUCUCCACCAGAGAGCAGUGGCCGCACCAGAGACACGACGUACCUGGGCCCCCUGCCCCACGAGGACAGCAACCUGAUGCUGCACCUGCAGCGCCUGGAGACCACCCUGAGCGUGUGUGCCGAGGAGCCGGACCGCAGCCAGCUCUUCACGCACCUGAGCCGCAUGGCCCUCGAGUUCAACCGGCUGGCCUCCAAGGUGCACAAGAACGAGCAGCGCACCUCCAUCCUGCAGACCCUGUGUGAGCAGCUUCGGAAGGAGAAUGAGGCCCUGAAGGCCAAGCUGGACAAGGGCCUGGAACAGCGGGAUCAGGCUGCUGAGAGGCUGCGGGAGGAAAACCUGGAGCUCAAGAAGUUGUUGACGAGCAGCGGCAAAGAUGGUGCCUCCGGGCGGCCAGGCUCACCAAAGCUGGAAGGUGCGGGCAAGAAGGAGGUAGCCCCACAGCCACAGGCUAGUGUGACAGCAGGUAAAAUCUCAGAGGUGGGGGCCUUGGGUGCGGCUGAGAAGAAGGUGAGGAUGCUGGAGCAGCAGCGCACUGAGCUGCUGGAAGUGAACAAGCAGUGGGACCAGCAUUUCCGGUCCAUGAAGCAGCAGUACGAGCAGAAGAUCACCGAGCUGCGCCAGAAGCUGGCGGACCUGCAGAAGCAGGUGACUGACCUGGAGGCUGAGCGGGAGCAGAAGCAGCGUGACUUUGACCGCAAGCUCCUCCUGGCCAAGUCCAAGAUUGAAAUGGAGGAGACUGACAAGGAGCAGCUGACAGCAGAGGCCAAGGAGCUGCGCCAGAAGGUCAAGUACCUGCAGGAUCAGCUGAGCCCACUCACCCGGCAGCGGGAGUACCAGGAGAAGGAGAUCCAGCGGCUCAACAGGGCCCUGGAGGAAGCACUGAGCAUGCAGGCUUCCCCAGCAUCUCCACCAACAGCAUUUGGGAGCCCGGAAGGAGCUGGAGGCCUGCUGAGGAAGCAGGAGCUGGUCACACAGAACGAAUUGCUGAAACAGCAGGUGAAGAUCUUUGAGGAGGACUUCCAGAGGGAGCGCAGUGACCGGGAGCGCAUGAACGAGGAGAAGGAAGAGCUGAAGAAGCAGGUGGAGAAGCUGCAGGCCCAGGUCACCCUGUCGAACGCCCAGCUAAAAGCCUUCAAAGACGAAGAAAAGGCAAAAGAAGCCCUCAGACAGCAGAAGAGGAAAGCAAAGACCUCAGCAGACCGCUACCUCGUGGAGCCCCACCCGGAGCACCUCUGCGGGGCCUACCCCUACGCCUACCCGCCCAUGCCCCCCAUGAUGCCGCACCACGGCUUUGAGGACUGGUCCCAGAUCCGCUACCCUCCUCCCCCCACGACCAUGGAGCACCCGCCCCCACAUCCCAACUCCCGCCUCUUCCAUCUGCCAGAAUACACCUGGCGGCUGCCCUGUGGAGGGAUACGGAAUCAGAGCUCCCAAGUGAUGGACUCGCCCGCAGCCAGGCCUGCAGAGCCAGAGUCUACCAAAAAUGACCGCGAGGGGCCUCAGUGAGACCAGAUUACGUCACUUGGCUCCACCUUCGUCUUACAGAGCCAGCUGACUUCAGACUACCGAAAAACUAGAGGCCAUGUGCUCUGUGUGGCCAGAGCCUCAGCCAUCCAGGAGGCUGAGAUGGAUGGCCAGCUUGUGCUCCGGCCCCAACCCGAACUGUUUCCAGACUGGGGAGGCUCCAUCCAGAAGGCAUCCAUAUGGGCCUCUCCUUUGGAGUGAUUGGGAAAAACUCACUACUCUGCCACUGAGUGGAGAGAAGCGUCAUGCGGCCUUGGCCUGCCAUCCUCUGCAGGAGCUGCGAGGGGAUGUCAGUCUUCAGUGGGGUGCAGUCAAGACCCCUUCGUUUCAAAACUUCCCCAGAAGUGUUUCAGCAGCGCCUCUGGGGACCACAUUCAAUUCAUGUGUUUUAUUUUUGCUUCAAGCUCUGCUGUAGCAGGACCUGCCCCAUGCACACCCUCUCUACUCCGAGGGGCUGCGGGAAGAGCAGGUUUGCCUCCAGGAGCAGAAGAAAACCACAAGUCAUCCUGCUGCUGGGCCCCCGCCCAUGGCAGCCUCACCAGUGCCACUGCAGCCCGGGAUGAAGGCCAUGCCAGCCACAUCUGCCAACGGCCCCAGCCUGAAGCUGCCAGGCCCUUGGCCUGUCGCUGGAGGCCUGUGGUCCCGGAGGCCUGGCCUGGGGUGGCUCUUGAUCCCUGGGCAGCUGUUUGCACGAAUCUUGGACAUAAAUCCAAGUUGAAGAUCAA